CCAUAUUGAAAGUUCUGAAGUGGGAAGUCGGUCAAACGUUGACCCUAUUCACGAUUUCUAUUUAUUGUGCAGUGAUAUAUAUUCCAAAAGCAUUUCAAAAAUAAACUUACAUAUUUAAUGAUAUAUUUGUUGUGAUAAAUAUAAAAGAAAGGUCUUUUUUACUUUUUUGCAAUUCGUUUGAUGAAUACGUCACAGCGCCAUGUUGUAUUCCUGCGCUGAUUGCAGGCACGAGAAAUCUGCCAACCCGUUUAUUUUUCGGGAUUAGUUCCCUAGAAUAAAUCGAACUGCGAUUUUGUACUCAAAUAUAUUUAAAUUUAUAUUUGUUGGCAAAUGUCAAACAACUUCAGUGAAAUCGAUGCAUCCCAGUUGUCGCAUUUUGAGUGUUAACUCUUAAUUUCAACUGCAGUUUUGUGCAUCCGCGAAAGUUGAAAGGACUGUGUUGUAAAAGAAAGAAGUGAUAAUUAGCCAAAAUUCCGGUCCCUACGCGUAGACGAGAAGGUGCCUACCCGCCGGGGCAGUCGGGCGAAGGAGACAUGAACAAUAAACGCAAAAAUCGCCAAGGACCGCCGAGGUCGCCACGGGGGCGCGUCGUGGCGGAGGGCGUGUACAACAACGCGCACUUCAUGCACGCUGCCACAACCCACGUGGGGGACACGGUGCAGGUCCUCACCCAGUCUGGGUGUCUUUGGGAAGGCGUGUUCAAGACUUUUAGCGCGCAAUUCGAGGUUGUUUUAGAAGUCGCACACCGCGUGGACCAAGACGGCGUGGUCGCCGUAGAGUCUGUGGUGGACAAGCUGAUCUUCAAGCCGCAGGACGUGGUGUCCAUACGGGCGAAGGACUCUGACCUGGAGUACGCCACGCACGAUGUGUUCCAGACCGACAGCGUCAUUUCUAGCAAGUUCAACGGCAAUGGUAGGUCAGCGGAGGAACGGCACCUGGAGCCCUGGGACGGCUGCGACGGCGACUCUGGGGACACGCCGGCCCUGAACGGGGACUCCAGACUGGAGGAGCUGGAGCUGGACCACCGCGCUAACGGCUGGGACGCCAACGACAUGUUCAGGAAGAAUGAGGAGGUUUACGGGGUCCUUAGUACCUAUGAUAAUUCGUUGCUGGGCUACACUGUGCCGCUGCAGAAAAAAGACACCCAGGAUUAUAGAGACGCAGAAGCGAAAGCGGAAGAGAUAGCGGCGGAGAUAGAGAGCACGCCGGCGUACAAGACACGUAUAGAAGUGGAGAAUGGAGAUGAGGAGGAGAGGUUCGCGGCAGUGGUGCGGCCCGGGGACGCCGCGCCCGGCAAGUACGUCAUACCCAACAAGAGGAAGAACAUGCAGACCGGCAAACUAGUGAAGCCAAACAACGGCGGUUCAUCCCCUAGCGCGAACAAGCCGCCACCGUCGUACCCGGCGCCGCCCGCGCACCCCCCGCACGCGCCUCACCCCCCGCACCAGCACAAGGACGUCCGCCCCGACAAGGACCACAGACCGCCGCGGCCGCACCUCACCCCGCCAGCGGACAGGAGACCUGAUUCACAGCCGCCCCCGUUGCCGAGCAGCAACCCCCCGAACAGCAACCCUCCCCCACAGAAGAGCUACUCGGCGCAAGCUGCCGGCUACCACACCUUCCCCCACCACCACGUCCACCAUCCACAUUCAUACAAUUUGCACCCGGCGAGUGCAGGCGCGGGCUCGUCUCCCGCGAACAAGCUCAACGGGCCACAUGUCAGGCAUCCACCCCCGCCACACCACCACAACCCGCCGCCGCCGCCGGUGGUGGAGGCCCACCGCCACCACGCGCCGCCGGAGCCCCGGCGGCAGGACGAAGUGCAGGAGCUGCGUCGUUUCGGUCAGGAGUUCAAGCUGGUGACCGCCGCGCCUCAGCCGCAGUCGCCGCCCAACGCACACGCUCCGGUCCAACCGGCGCCGUCGGCGAGUCCCCCAGAAGUGUCGGCCAACGCGGGGUCGGAGCCCCACAAGCGGGAGCCCAGGCCUCCCAAACAGAACACGCCGCCCCACCACAUGCCCCCACCGCCACAUCAUCACAAGCCCCCGACGGGCCCGAGCUCGGGCUCCCCCCCCGCGGCCGCGGCCACCCCGCAGCCUCCGCAGCCCCCGCAGCCGCCGCCGAGCGCGGGCUCAGCACCGGCGUCGUCGUCCAGCUCUCCCUCCGCGUCGCCGCCCGCCGCCGUCUCCCCCGGCGUCUCCGCGACGCUCAAGAAGUCCACGCUCAACCCCAACGCCAAGGAGUUCAACCCGGCGGCGAAGCCCUUCACGCCCAGGAGCCCUAGCACGCCGAACCCUAGCAGACCACACACCCCCGGCACGCCCGUCAGCGGAGUGGUGGGCAUGGGCGUGGGCGGCGUGGGCGUGGGGCUGGGCGGCGUCGGCGUCAUGGGCACCGGCGUCAGCUACGUGCCCGCGCCGCAUCCGCCUCCGCCGCAUAUGAUGGCCGCAGUACCAACAUACAUGGUUCCCGCUCAACAGCCGCCGUCAUACUUACAGCAUCCUGCGAUGGAGAUGGGUUGCGAGUGUCGGCAGUACGCGCCGCCGGUAUUCCUGCUCGACAAGAGAGAUAGACCUGAAGCGUUGGCGUACGGGGCCAUGGGCGGCGGCGCGGGGGUCGCGGGAGGGGCGGGGCAACAUGGCCCAUUGCAGGCUCAACAGCAGAGGAACUUUAGGAAAAUGGGCGUGGGAUCAGGCGUCGGCGUGGCCGCGGCGACGGGCCAACCGCUGCUGGCGCCGGCCCCCAUGCAGCCGUUCGUGCCGUACCCGCACCCCCACCCGCCGCACCCAGCACAACAACACAUACAGUACCAGCAUAUGGUGCGGAUGUACGGCGGCGGAGUCCCGGGCGUGGGCGGGGUGCCGGGCGGCGUGGGCGCGGGCUCCGGCGAGGUGGGGUCGGUGGGGUACGCGGCGCCGCCCGCGCCCUCGCCCGCCGCCGCCUCGCCCGCGCUCUACCCGCCGCCCUCCCCCGCCCACACGCCUCAUCCCCACCAGCAUCCGCACUCGCACCCGCAUCCGCAUCACCAUUAUCAACAGCCUGCGCCGUUUCAGGUACUAUGCCCACUGAUGGCGGCGCCUGGCUCCGCCGGCGCUCACCACCACCUGCACCACCACGCGGUGUACCACAACCACCCCAACACCGCCUCGCCGCCGCAGCACCACCACAUCCAGCAAGUGCUGCUGCCCGGACAGGCGUCGGGCGGGACGCCGCCGGGCGCGCACGGGCCGCACCCGUAGCGGCCGCGCGGGCCCGCCGCCGCCGCUGCCGCCGCCGCCGCCGCCGCCCUCUCUCACCGGUGCACUCGUAUGUAUAUAACGUGAAUUUUGUUUCGAUUGGACUCUAUAACCUCUGUUCGUAACGGAUUAAACAUGAUUUUUGUUUCGAUUGGAAUUUGUGUACGUUGCCUGGACUAUAACUUCUGUUGAGUGAUGUUUAUGUGUCGUAUAACUUGAGUUUUGUUUCGAUUGCAAUAGGUAUACGUUGCCUGGACUAUAACUUAACUGAAGAGAUUGUAAUGUAUUGUUAUGUAACUUUGUUUUGUUUCCGAUUGGACUGUAACCAUUUAAAUUUAAAAUAACUUUUGUAUCGUAAGAUGUCCACAGCUUGAACUUUUGUAAUCUGUGUCAAAAAUACUGAAAUGUUAACUAAUAAUUUGUGUUAAAUAUCUGAUGUCAAAUGUACAGUGAACAGCAAAUCACAGUGGAAAUCGCCACUGUUACCUUUGAAUAAUCCAUACAGGUAUCAUCACGUUGACUGUACAUAACCUAAUGUAAAAUAUCUUAUUACUGCUCAAAGGAAAACUAGUAAUUUAUUUGAACUUUGAAUCCGCAGUCACUUGUUAUUUGAUUACAAGUUAUAGUCCAAGGUAAAAUCACACUUAAGGUUAACAUUAUUGAUACUGUUUCAAUUCCAUAAUCCUAUCGAUGUAUGUGAAAUAUUUACAUAUAGUAUAUAAAAUAACGGUGAAAUGGCUGUCAAAAGAAUUGUCUUUUGACAAUUGUGUCUUUAAAUAUAUUGAAAAACUGUGUCAAUAUCUAAAAGUUGUACAUUUAAUAAUUGUAUAGAGAUAGGUUAUAUAGUAUUUAUUGGUAAUAAUGUCCUGACGGAUCGUAAAUCGAGUAUUUUGCACAUAAAAGGUAUAUAAAAGUGUCGUUUCGAUAUGCCUACAGCAAAUGCUCGAUGUUAACGAUACUUGUUACGCGCUUGUAUUCACAGAAAAUACACAGUACUACUUGAAAGUACGUUUUCUGUGUAUGUAAGUGUUAUAAAUUUAUUUUGUACCGAUAAGGCAUUAUUAAUCAGAUUGUUACAAUUUUAAGUUACUUAACUUUCUUUGAGAUGUCAAUCUUAAUUUAUCCUAGAAAAGUUUAAUUAGUUCCGAUGUAGUUUUAUUCUCGCGUAGGAAAACCAUUUACAUAUUUUGGCUAUAAGAAUUAGAAAAUAUUGGCUACAUUUUCUGUAGCUAUACAAUUUAGUUAUACUGGCAGUCGAUAAUUCGAAAUUAAAAAGCUACAAAUUUAAACGAAAAGUAAUAAAAAUUGCCUUCUGCUAAUGGCAAUACCGAACCAGCAAUAAUUCUAUGUAGAUUUUUUGAUUCGAAAAUUCUUAAUUCGAAUUUUGUAUUCACUUUUUCUCGGCAACGGUUACAGUUUCAUUGAGACAUGUUUUCAGCGUGAAGUUGGAAUUAAAAAAAAAUAGGGGCAUAGAUUACGGGUUGCUUAGUGAGGCGGGGCGGAAUUUAUAUGUGGAAAUGCGAUGUUUCGUAUAUAAGACCCGGCGAGCGGCGCCGGGUGCUUCGUGUAUAGUUAGAUAAAUUUCUUUCUUAUUUUACGUUGACGACAUUUGGCGCAGACAUUUCUUAUUUCAACCGACUUCCAAAUAUCAUUUCGACUUAUGUAUUUAGGCUGGCCCUACUUAUAUUUACAUUAACAAAAUUGACGAAAUAAAUAUCCAAAUAGUAUUUUAAAAUCUGUUAACGAGAAUAACCUGUAAUUUAAAAAAAAAAACAACCACACCUGUCAACUGUUCUAUAUCUUGUCUAUGCCAACUGCCGUCGGUUGUUUUGGGCAAGCACG